AUGUCCGCCUCAUCUGAAGCCCAACCAGCUUCGACACCUCAACAUCUAAACAUCCACAAUCCAUUACCAUUAUCAGCAACGCAAGAACAACAAGUUAAAGAAAUAUACUACAAACGAGUGCGCGGGUACUGCGCUCCAGAAAUUAAAGCAUUUGCAGAAUGUGCCCGCGGCCGAACAUUUACCACGACUUGGGUGUGUCGCGAACAACGCCUAGCCAUGAACACAUGUAUGUUAGCGCAUGCAAAACCUGAAGAAUUAGAUCGAGCGCGCGAAGAGUGGUUUGCGGGUCGAGAGGCCCGAAGGCGGGAACGAGAAGAGCAGGAAGCUGCUGUUGAGAAACGGAGGCAGGAGGUUAUUAAGAUGAUGAGAGAGGAUGAUAUGAAAUGA